AUGAAGCUCAGCGUAUUUCAAGACUUACCAUCGGCGCUAAGGUGCUUGCUGCUGGCGCGAAUAGCAAGAAGAACGUUGGUUCGCAUGUCAGUGCCGCUGGUAAGAGUUCUGCACUUUCUCAAUCAGCGAAAAGCUGAACUUUACAUUUUGGGCGGUGUUGAGCAAGCCAUCUACAACGCUUGUGCAGAAGGCAAUCGCAGUUUUGCUCUGUUUGUUCGCAAUCAACGGCGAUGGGAUCAGAAACCAAUGUUAGAGAAGACCGUUACGAAAUGGUAUACGGCACUAGAGGUAACCGGAUUUCCCCUGAGUCAGAUACUACCACAUGGUUCAUACUUGAUGAACCCAGGCACAGCUGAUCCCGAAAAAUUAGAGAAAACACGCGAAGCAAUGUUGGAUGAGUGCAAGCGAUGCGAACGUCUUGGUAUCUAUUACUACAAUUUCCAUCCAGGCUCGACUACGGGAUUAUGUACGACUGAAGAAUGUUGCAAAACAGUUGCUGAAACAAUCGACUACAUAGUGGAAUCUACAGAAUUCAUAACGUUGGUAAUUGAAACCAUGGCUGGACAGGGCAACACGAUCGGGUCAACCUUCGAGGAAAUUCGGGAUAUUAUACUCAAUGCAAGAGAUGAAGAUUUAUUUCAGGUAAAGAAUAAAAAUCGUGUUGGAGUCUGCAUCGACACCUGCUAUGAUAUACGGACGCAAGAAACGUAUAACGAGACUAUGAAAAAGUUUGAUAGCAUAAUCGGGAUGAAGUAUCUCAAAGCGUUCCAUCUAAAUGACUCCAAAGGGGCGCUUGGUUGCCGUGUUGAUCGACACGAAAAGAUAGGCAGAGGUAAGAUUGGGAAGAAAGGAUUCAAGUGUAUCAUGGAGGAUGAGAGGCUGGAUGGUAUACCACUGAUACUUGAAACUCCUGAAGGCGACUACCCACAAGAGAUGAUAACACUUUACUCACUCUGA